AUGAUCUCAGAUUUUUUCCACCCUAAUGUAGGUGGGGUUGAAAACCACAUCUUUAUGCUAGGAGUCAACCUGACUCGACUCGGACACAAGGUGAUCGUAAUCACUCAUUCACACCCCCCAAAUCGUGUUGGAGUGCGAUGGGUCCUUCCUGGCAUUAAAGUCUACUAUAUCCCCUUGAAAGCUAUCGCAUCUUCUGCCACCCUUCCGAAUUUCUUUGCAUCAAUGCCUUACUUCAGACCCAUUUUACUGCGUGAAAGGAUCGACAUUGUGCAUGGCCAUGCCAGUCUAUCAUCAAUGGCUCAUGAGGGAAUGUUCCAUGCUCAUCUGAUGGGUAUGCGGACCGUGUUCACAGAUCACAGCCUUUUCAGGCUCGACGACGCAACCGGCAUCCUGACAAACAAAUUGUUGGAAGCAGCUCUUCUUAAUGUCGACGCUACCAUUUGUGUCUCAAAUACUGGACGCGAAAACACUGUCCUUCGAGCCAGAUUAGAUCCUUCAACGGUAUAUGUAAUUCCCAAUGCCUUGGUUCCUGAGCAGUUCAAACCGUCAACGACGCCCCUACCUUUGAAGCCUUUAAAUAUCAUCGUGGUGUCGAGAUUGGCGUAUCGCAAAGGGGUCGAUUUGUUGAUAGCAGUUGCACCGAAAAUUUGUGAAAAGCACCAGCAUGUGAACUUCAUUAUUGGCGGCGACGGUCCGAAACUUACCGCACUGUUGCAGAUGCGAGAGAAGCACAGAUUACAAGAUAGAAUCGCCAUGCUUGGCUCAGUGCCCCAUCAGCAUGUGCGGAAUAUUUUAAUUCGGGGUUCCAUAUUUCUCAACACUUCUUUGACGGAAUCUUUCGGUGUUGCCAUACUUGAGGCCGCCUGUGCUGGACUCUAUGUCGUUUGCACGAAAGUUGGGGGCGUCCCUGAAGUCCUUCCAGAAGAUAUGAUAACUUUUGCGAAGCCUGAAGAGGACGAUGUUGUCAGAGCACUCUCUGAGGCCAUUGAAUAUGUUGGUCAGGGCAAGCAUGAUCCCCACAUGGCCCACGCACGUAUCAAAGGAAUGUAUGACUGGGGGGACGUGGCAACUCGCACGGAGAUUGUGUAUAGAACCGUCGCGGAAUCUCAAACGUUAAGCCUUUGGGAUCGUAUUGUCAGGACAAUGACCCUCGGUCGUUUUGCGGGACCGAUCUUUACUAUUAUUCUCGUGAUGCAAUGUCUUUUCUUUGCGACUCUCCAGUGGAUAGUACCCCAAAGCGAAAUUGAUAUGGUAGACGAUGAGUGGGACGAAGCCCUCUUCCUGAAGCACUGUGAUCUCAGAAGCAACUAG